AUGGCAACUACGAGCAAACGAGACGACUAUGCCAACCCUCCCUUGCCUGACGACGACCUGAUUGACCCUGAUGACGCUGACCUAGAUGAUUUCGACGACCCUCUCGGCAACACAUCCUCACGCCAGCCAUUGACAGGCAAUAUCGGCUCGAGUUCCUCUUCGUCGCGGCCACUGAAUGAGAAUGCUUGGACAUCUCGCAUACCCGGUGAAGACCGCGCAGCUCCACAAAACACAAUCGACGAGUCGGUGUGGGAUACCCUCCGACGAGACCUCCUUGCCGUCUGGGCUAAGAUGAGGGAGGUCCUCUACCCCAAGUACCUGCUGGGAGGCACCAUGUUCGAUGCUGAUGGCCUCCGGGGCGCAUACGCGAAUAUCCGUGGGGCUGGCAUCUCUGGAGCUCGUGAGGAGCUUACGGGCUUGGCCAGUCGCUUCAUGGACUCCGAGGCGCUCCUGUCGCAGAACAACAUGACACCUGGCCUGCGUGACUGGGAUCUCUGGGGGCCCCUCAUCUUCUGCCUGCUUCUCAGUCUUCUGCUUAGCUUCAACGCGCGGCCAGACCAGAAGGAUGUCGUGUUCAGCGGUGUCUUCGCCAUGAUAUGGAUCGGAGAGGCCGUGGUAACGUUACAGAUCAAGCUGUUGGGAGGAAGCAUCUCUUUCGCCCAAAGUGUAUGCAUCAUAGGCUACACGCUUUUCCCCUUGGUGAUCGCGGCACUCCUCUCGGCCUUUGGCAUCCCGACCGUUGUCCGGGUCCCUGUGUAUCUUGUCCUCGUCGCAUGGUCUCUGGCGGCAGGCGUAAGCAUCCUAGGCGGCAGUGGUGUGGUCAAGAACCGAGUAGGCAUCGCCGUGUACCCGCUCUUCGUCUUCUACCUCGGCCUGGGAUGCCUCUGCUUCAUCAGCUAA